AUGGAGGCGUCGGGCGGGCGGUGGAUGCGGUGCCUGCUCGCUGCCCUGGGGCUGCUCUGGGCGCUCAGCGCUGCGGGAACGCUCUUCCUGCUGGGGCAGUGGCGGGAGCUGAGCGCGGCACUCAGGGACCUGGAGGCGGCUCGGCCCGACCCGGCCGAGGGUUCCCGACCGAACUUGAGCGCUCCCGGUCCCGUCCCUGCCGCUCGCAGCAAACGGAGCCGCCGCGGGGAGGGCGCCCGAGGACACGUGCGGGCCGAGACCGAGGAUCUGCUGAUGCUGCUGACCUACUCCGUGGUGCCGGUCCGAGUCAUGGUGGAUUUAUGUAACAGCACAAAAGGGAUAUGCUUAACAGGCCCCCCAGGUCCCCCAGGACCUCCUGGACUUGAUGGGCUGCCUGGCUACAAUGGAUCAGAUGGAGCCCCAGGUAUACCAGGACAAAAAGGAGAACGAGGAGUGAAUGGAAAAAGAGGAAAAAUAGGUUUGCCAGGACCAAAAGGUGAUCAAGGACAGAAAGGAGAACCUGGAGAAAUGGGUUUACCUGGCAAGGAUGGUAUGCCAGGGGGAAAGGGUGCAAGAGGAGCAAAGGGUGAAAAAGGGGAUGCAAACAAUGAUGUGCUAUUAGAAGGUGCAAAAGGUGAACCUGGACCACCAGGGCCCCCUGGACCACCCGGACCCCCAGGGCCUCCAGGAAAACGUAAAGCUAAAGCUCAGCUUCAGGACAACAUUUACAGCAGUAAAUGCACAGGUGAGACAUGUGCUGUACCAAAUGAUGAUACCCUGGCUGGGAAAGCUGAGGACAGAACCUCUGGUCCUUCAAAAAAAGCUGAAUGUGUCAUAACAUCUGUGGGAAGUCCUGUUCCCCUCAUCAGUGUCCCGCAGACAUUUGGAACCUGGAUGCGGGAACCUGCAAAUAUCAGUGAUGAGAGGAUUUGGCUCACCAUGCAUUUUUCAGGAAACUCUGUAAAAGAAUAUGAGAAUUCCAAUGCCUUGCUGAAUGACAGCUACAGGACCAUUAACAUCACAGGCUUCUUUUAUGGAUGUGGUCAUGCAGUACAAAACAACCAUCUGUACUAUCAGAAGGGAGGAACCAAUGUCAUUCUAAGAUUUGGACUUGAUAAAGCAUCAUUGGGCACACUGCUAAUUGAAAAUGCCUUAUAUCAUGGUCGUAACUACCUAUUUUCUAACUCAAAGACGUAUUUCAACAUAGCAGUGGAUGAGAAGGGUCUUUGGAUUAUUUACGCCUCGAGCACUGAUGAAAACAUAAUAGUAGCAGAUAUUGAUGAAGAAACAUUUUCAGUCACUCGGCAUAUCAAUACCACAUAUCCCAAGUCCAAGGCUGGUAAUGCAUUCAUAGCAUGUGGCAUUAUGUAUGUUACUGACACUAAGGAUAUAACAGUAAGUUUUGCUUUUGAUUUAUUGAAAGAGAAGCAGAUUAAUGCCAGGUUUGAGUUACGGUCUUCACAGUCUGUUCUUGCUAUGCUUUCCUACAGCCUAAGAGAUAAGAAUUUGUAUACGUGGGAGAAUGGGAGUUUAAUGGUAUACCCUGUACAUUUUGGCAGAUGAAUAUAUUUUAAAAUGUUAUGUAUGGGAGCCAUGUUUAACUGAACAGAUAGUUUAAAACUAUAUGAUACAAUCCUGGGAGUCUCUCUGCUUGGUAUGAUUUGCUGCUCACUGGUUGUGGUUUGUGAGUGAGCAUGAGAGAUGAGGUGCCUCUGUAUAAACACAUUCCAAUUCCAUACACCAAUCUCAUCUUUUUAAAGAAUUAGCUGUUCAGUAUUGCAGCUGGCACAGUUAGUACAGACUUGCUUUUGUUUUUCCCCUAUUGUUCAGCUGAUCAUUAUAUCUAAUGUACAUUGAUUAUUCCAUGGUCAUGUGUUCAGAGUCUAUUUAGAACUUUCAGUUGCAAUUAUCUUUUCUAAAAUAAUUUUCUAGUCAGGGACUAUGGUCUAACAUAAAUGUCUAAAUAAUGAAUUUUUUUGUACAAAUACACUUUCUGCUGAUCCUGUGAAUGUCUCUUUUGACAAAGAUAUACAGCUGUUAGAAAAAAAACAGGAACAGAAUUAGCUAUUUAAAUAGAAAAAAAAGCAGAUUCAAAUGUGACAAUUCCAGCAAACUGUUACAUAUCUAAAGCAAAAAUUCAGCCUAAGGAAGAGGAGAAUAAUGGCAUAAUUAAAUACUGUAUCUAGAGAACAGGGAAUUGGAAGUAAUGAGGUAUAAAGCUGAAAAAAGAUGUAAAAAUUAUGAUUAA